CAGAGGUGUAACCGCAGCCUUAGUUUUAUUUGUUUUGUUUGAUUUGACAGAAAAGUUUAAAAGCCGUUUAAAAAAGACGAAUAAUUAAAAUUAUGGAACGGCAAAAGUUAAAUCAAGUUUUAAAACUGUUAGACGAAGCAACAAUUGAAUCAUCAAAUGGAGAAAUAACAAUAGACGGCUUAAUACCAGUGGAAAAUAAAAUUAAACACUUAAAAACUGUACUGAAAGAAAUGAAUGCGAGAAUUUUAUAUCUCAAAUCAGUUAAUGGAGAAAAUAAAAUUACUGAAUUGCCUGAGAAUGAUUUAAGCACAACUUUUGAUGAAUUAACAGAAGAAAUUACUGCACAGUAUAUUAUUAAUACUAAUGGAGUAAAUUUAGGUCUUGAAACUUAUGCUUUGGAGGAAAUAUUGAAUAACAAGGAUACUCAUGAAUCGAAAGAAAAAGUUGUACAAUUAUGCAAUACACUUUUUAAUUGCAACGAUAGUGCAUUAACUAUUCAAAGCGAAAUAAAUGAAUUGCAGAAAAAAUUACUUCAUCUCAAAAUUAAAGAUCUACAAGAAGUGCAAAAAUAUCGAAUAUUUUUAAAGGAACAAGAAGAAUUGAGAGUUAAUAAACUCGAACAAUCAAAUCCUACAGAAGCAAGAUUCAAGCAGAAGAUAGAACUGUCAAUUCAAAAGAUUAAUUUAAUGAAGAAACUUAUAAUGAAACUCAUAUCAGGCUCCACUAAUUUAUUAAACAACGAUGAAACAGAUAUGUUAGAGUUAUUGAAAAAGCAUAGAAAAAUAAUUAAUAUGGAAACUAUUUCGAAUAUGCUACAAGAGCAAGAUAAGAGUUCUGAUUAAUAUUAAUAUUCGAAAAUAGAAAAAUAGUCCUCAGCAGAUAAACAUCUAUGAUCUAUGCGAGAAAAGUCCAUUGUUCAGAGAAUGUAUGCAACGUAUAUAACUAUAUACACACUUUUACAACAGCUGUCAGUGGCCUAUAGAUGGGAUACAAUACUGACUGGCAGAAAGUAU